AUGAGUCUGUCCUGGAAGGAGCGGGCCUUCCUGGCCCUGCUGGGCGCAGCCACGGCCUCAGGCCUCACGGUACUCAUCCUCAUCCUGGUGGAGGCCAGCAGUGUCCUCCUGCCAGCAGACACCAAGUUCGGGAUUGUGUUUGAUGCCGGUUCCUCCCACACCUCGCUCUUCUUGUACCAGUGGCAAGCGGACAAGAAGAACAACUCGGGUGUCAUUAGCCAGGCCCUGGCCUGCCGCGUGGAGGGACCUGGAAUCUCCUCCUACACCUCGGACCCCACGCAGGCUGGUGAGAGCCUGAAGGGCUGCCUGGGGGAGGCACUGGGGCUGAUCCCUAAGGCUCAGCAUCCAGACACAGCCACGUUCCUGGGCGCCACGGCCGGCAUGCGGCUGCUCAGCCAGAAGAACGGCUCCCUGGCAAGGGACAUCCUGGCUGCGGUCACUCGGGUGCUGAGCCAGUCUCCUGUGGAUUUUUGGGGUGCGGAAAUCCUGACGGGGCAAGAUGAAGGUUCCUUUGCCUGGAUCACCAUCAACUAUGCCCUGGGAAGGCUGGUCAAGUACUCCUCGUCUGGAGAAUGGAUUCAGCCCGCCGAGUGGGCUCCAGUGGGCGUGCUGGACAUGGGCGGCGCCUCCACCCAGAUCAGCUUCGUGCCCAUGGCCCCCAUCCUGGACCAGAGCACCCAGACCACCUUCCGCCUGUAUGGCAGGAACUACAGCGUCUACACUCACAGCUACCUCUGCUACGGGCGUGACGCAGCGCUGGGCAGGCUCCUGGCGGCCUUGGUGCAGCAGAGCGGCCCCCAAAGGCCGGUCCAUCACCCGUGCUACCACAGCGGCUACCAGGUGGUGCUGCCCCCAGCCGCCCUGCACGGCUCGUCCUGCAUCCCCAGCUCGGCCGUCCUGGAGCCCCCCCGGAACCUCACCGUCCUGGGGACCGGCAACCCUGCCGCCUGUCUGGCGGCCAUCCGGGCACUCUUCAAUUUCUCCAGCUGCGCGGGCCAACGCGAGUGUGCCUUCAACGGGGUCUACCAGCCCCCGCUGCGGGGCCGCUUCUACGCCUUCUCCGAUUUCUACCACACCUUCAGCUUCCUGAACCUCACCUCCAGGCAGCCACUAGGCACCGUCAACACCACCAUCUGGGAGUUCUGCCAGCGGCCCUGGAGGCUGGUGGAGGCCAGCUACCCUGGACAGGAGCGCUGGCUGUGCAGCUUCUGCGCCGCGGGCCUCUACGUCCUCACGCUGCUGCAGGGCUACGGCUUCAGUGCCGACACCUGGCCCAGCAUCGACUUUGAGGAGCAGGCUGGCGGCGUGGACAUCGGCUGGACGCUGGGCUACAUGCUGAACCUGACGGGCAUGAUUCCCGCCGAGGCGCCGGCUCCAGGGCGGGCGCAGAGCUACGGCGUGUGGACAGCUGGGGUCGUGUUCCUGGUGCUGACCAUUGGGACCGUUCUCGGGGCUGGCGCCGUCCAGCUCCUCUGGCCCCAGGAGUAG